CCCAACUCCGGAGCGAGCUCGAGAGAGAAACGAAAGGCUCCGGUCUGCCUGCGACGACUUUCCCCGAUCCUCCGCGACCCGCCCAGCUUCCUUGUUCCUAACCCCAUCAGCCCGCCCGCCAAUUUUCUGCGACCGGGGAAACCGCACUACGCCCACCUCAGUCCCUUCAGGAACAGGACAGGACAGCAUAUUAUCCGCCAACAUGGCCGUCGACCAGGAGCACUUCGUCCACCUCGCCCGGCCCCUGCCGCCCACGUCGAUGGGUUUUGCCGGCAGUGCCCCGCUUACCGUGAACAUCCAGCCCCAAGCCGUCUUCUCCGUCAUCGACCAUGCCACCCGCCGCGACAUCCGCGACACACAGUCGACAAGAGUGAUCGGCGCCCUGGUCGGCACCCGCAGCGAAGAUGGCAGCGAGGUCGAGGUGCGGAGCACCUUCGCGAUCCCGCACACCGAGAACGAGGACCAGGUCGAGGUGGACGUCGAGUACCAGAAGAACAUGCUGGCGCUGACCCUCAAGGCGUCCCCGCGCGAGACCCUGCUUGGGUGGUACACGACCUCGCACGAGCUCAACAGCUUCUCGGCCCUCAUCCAGAACUUCUUCGCCUCUCCGGAGACGGGCACCUUCCCGCACCCGGCCGUGCACCUGACCAUCUCGACCGAGCCCGGCGCGCCCAUCGAGACCAAGACGUACAUCUCGGCCCCCGUCGCCGUCUCCCCCGACCGCGCGGCCGAGUCCUGCCUCUUCAUCGAGGUCCCGCACAAGCUGCUCUUCACCGACGCGGAGCGCGCGGCCCUCGGCACCGCCUCGGCCGCGGCCGCCAACGAGAGCCGCUCGGCGCCCGUCGUCUCGGACAUCGAUUCCCUCGCGCAGGCCCUCACCACCGUCUCGGACCUCCUGGACCGCGUCUCUGGCUACGUCGGCGAGGUGCUCGACGAGGAGCGCGACGGCAACCAGGCCCUGGGCCAGUACCUGAUGAACGCCCUGUCGCUGGCGCCCAAGGUGUCGCCCGCCCAGAUCGAGGCCGACUUCAACAACCACAUCCAGGACGUGCUCAUGGUCAGCUACCUGGCCAACACGAUCCGCACCCAGAUCGACCUGGCCCAGCGGCUCGCCACAGCGCCGCUGGUCGGCAGCGGCGGCGAGAAGGAGGGCGGCGACAAGGGCAAGGACGGCGAAGAGGGCGGCGGCAAGCAGGAGUCUAGGGGAGCCAAGGGCGGUAAGCGGGGCGUCCGUUCCGGUGGUGGUCGGAGUACUGGCCAGCGCGGGGAACCGAGGGAGCCGAGGGAGACUGGCGAGUAGAUUGCCAAGACACGAAGAUGAAGAGAGUAUUGGGGGGGCCGGUUUAUCUCCUCGGCUCGGGAGUUCCUCUUG